AUGCUACUGAUAGAUUUCAAUAUAAUCCUACGUGUUGAGGACGAAAGGAAGUUGUCCAAGAAGGGGAAAAAGCACAAUGCAAGAGAGGGAAAAAUAUUCAGGGAAUUACAAAGGAGUAAAGAUCCUAUCGUCAUCUACUUCCAAUCUAGAUUUCGUGACUAA